AUGGAGAGCCCGAAGCAGGUCUCUCCGACGCUAUGCACAUGGUUGCCAGUGGUCCCGAAAGCCUUCAACACCCCAGCACGUCGCCUGUCUGCCCAACUGACGCGCCUCUUCCCCAAUCGACCGAGGCUCGCCAAAGCAUCUUCGGCCGACCCUUCUUCUAGACUCUUGACCUCAAUCUCUGCGCCCAAUCAGGCUGCCAUCACCUCCCCCCAACCCCCCCAAGUCCAUGCCACACCCGGUGCUUCCAGUUCAGCCUCGCAACACCUGCGCGCCCAGGCCAGCUAUUUCAGCAAUGCAGGAUACAUGCAAAUCCUCAGCCACCAGGAUGUCGCAGAGGAUGAUCAGGUCCAACCGCGCCAGAUGCCAGCCGAUCACUCGGACGUUGACGACAUCUCCGUGGCCCUGCAGGCGGGCUUUCUCGAGACCUACUUCGAAUAUUGCUUUUACUGGUGUCCUGUGAUUGACCCCGAAUUUGUCCAAUGGCAGACCGACGGAAUUGAGUCACUGCUCCUCAGGCAUGCACUGGCGCUUUGCGGGAACCGCAUCAAUCCUCCCCUGAUUCAAUGCAAAGACUCGAUCGCCUAUUACAACCGCGCCAAGAAGUUGUUUUAUGGGGACUGCGAGGGCAACGCACUUGUUCGAUUAUCAGCCAUCAUGCUGUUCUUCUGGUGGAGUACCGGCGCUCCUAACAUGGUCAAUAUGGAUAAUGCCUGGUGGUGGACGGGCAUUGCCAUUCGCAUCGCCCAAGAAAGUGGCCUCCAUCGAGAGCCGCAGCCUCAUCAGAUGACUCGACCCGGGGAGACAGCGGGACUGCGACGGAGGAUUUGGUGGACUUUGUUUGUAAACCGGAUUCUCUCCAUCUCACAAGGCAGACCUACCGUCAUCGACCCGGACUAUUGCGACGUCAAGAUGGUGACGCCUGAGGAUUUUCCCGAGCCCAGCCACCCAAAAGUGCACGUCUUCAUCAACUGGGUCAAGGUCUUAGAUAUCGGCGGCCAGAUCAGCAAGCAGCUCAGCAGAAGGGUUAAGGAGCGCAGCGGUAUCAAGAACUUUUCACGUGAUCUCAUCUCAUGGGUUCGGUCAUUGCCCGACACCUUGUCGCUGCACAUCCGCACCGCGCGGACUACCGCCUUCGACCGCGCAGUGCAUCGACUUUAUGUGACCUAUCUAACAAAUGUUCAGCUGCUGCACAUGAACAAGUCCUCUCGACUGCUACCUAAGGCCUCCAACGCGGCCAUUAUCGCUGCGUCCUGCGUAGCUCGAAUCUUUGAGGACUAUCUCGCAAGGGGCACCAUCCGCUUCCUCUCCGGCGAAGCGGGCUGGGAGAUCGCAGUCGCCCUGUUGGCGCUGCUGCACGCCUGUCGCAUUGACGGCCUGCGAUCUCACGCAAGCGCGGACAUGCGGACGUUGCGCACGGCUUUGAAGCACAUGGCCCCGUAUUGGCCGUCAUCGCGCAUGUUCAACUCGGCCUUCGACAAACUGCUAGGCACUGACCAGACGUCGGUCAGCAUGAUCCCCACGCCGCCAGUCGGGAUAGCCGAGGCAAACGAAGAAGAGCACGCUGAAAUGCUCGAUCCAGACGAUGGCGUCGCCGACUUGAUGGACUAUUUCCCCUUUGUGACCUCUCAGACGAGUCCGCUCAUCGACGCGGUCCUAGCGCAGAACCAGGUCAUGCCAUUUGCCGGCUUUGACUGGCCGAUGGACAUCAAUGCGACGUUGGAGGAGUUCUUGGCCUUGCCAGAUGAUCAUUCGUUUGAUAUCUUGAACCUCUGA